AUGGCGCUCUUGCGAGGCACCGUGCUGUUCGCGGCCGGAAUGCUGCUACUUGUGUCCGCACUGCCCGGCGAGCUGAGGGGGCAGAGAAGCCCGGUGAGCGGCACAGAGUACGGUGUAAAACUGUGCGGACGAGAGUUUAUCCGUGCAGUCAUCUUUACCUGCGGGGGGUCCCGCUGGAAGAGGAUACCUGAGGAGGACCAGAGAGAGUCCGGCUUCGUGAGGAGAGAUAAUUUGCAGGAUUCCACUAACAGAGAAGUAAACCCGCUGAUGGUACAGGCACUUUUAGGAACUAACCUGGAACAGCUCCAGAAGCCUGAUUUUCACUUAAAACAGGAGCAUUUGUUACAACAUCCCUUUAUCGCCUACGAUGAUUUCAAAGACCGCAUUCCAGUAUCAGAGGAUUUUAGUGAGUACAUGCAUCAAGUGGAAGAUACAGAUAGAAAAGCUCAGCGUGAAUCUCAGAACAGCGGUGCUCUAGGUUCAGAAUGGUUCCCAUGGACAACAUUCUCUAGGACAAGGAGAGAAAUGUCUAUUGGAGUAGCAGGCAUUUGUUGCAAAUGGGGCUGCACAAAAGCAGAAAUCAGCACUUUGUGCUAA